AACUUCAUCAAUUAUUAUAUUCUUUGCAUUCUCAAAAAGCAAUCCUACUUUGUAAAACCUUUCAUAGCCUACGCUCAUCAACGUGCUAAACCUAUCCUACAAGACAUAUUCCAACGUAUUAGAAGCCUCUUUCCUCACGCUAAUGAAUGAAUGGCUCCUCUCUGGCUCCCCUUUUUACGCCAACACAAUGCAUCUCUCUCUUGCGAUCUUACACUCGCCGCCAAACCAUUUGCUUCGGCGAGCAUCUCCAUGCCCUCCUCAUCUCCUCCGGUCUCCUCCCCCGGCAUCCCCUUCUCCUCUGCACACUCGCCGCCACAUACUUCCUCUGCGGUCAUCUUUCAUACGCUCAUCAGCUGUUCGAUGAAAUACCCCUGAAGAAUCCAUCUCUCUUCAACCUCCUCAUUCGCAGCAGCGUCGAUGCUGGUUUCCCCAAUGAAGCACUCCUUAUCUUCACCAGAAUGCUAUCUUCAAGCCACAGACCAAACAACUUAACCUUCCCCUUUGUCCUCAAGGCAUGCGGUGACCUCUCCCUUCUCACCACCGGUGCGCAGAUUCACUGCAGAGCAAUGGUUGAAGGAUUUUGCUCUGAUGAGUAUGUUCAGAACUGCUUGAUUGCUAUGUACAUGAACUGUUACAACAAGGAUGCAGCUGCGAUGGUGUUUGAUCAAAUGGGUUGCAAGAGUGUUAUUUCUUGGAACACAAUGAUCGCGGGUUGCUUGCAAAAUGGCUUUGCUGAUGAGGCAAUGGUUCUUUUUGAAAGAAUGGUAAAUUCUGGCAUGUUGAUCGAUCGAGCUACCUUGUUGUCUGUGCUGCCUGCUUGUGCUCAAUUGAAUAAUUUGCGGAGCUGCUGUUCAGUUCAUAAAUUGGUGGAGGUGAAUGGUUUUGAAUCAUAUCUUCCUGUGAGGAAUGCUCUGAUCGAUAUGUAUGCUAAAUGCGGAAGCUUGGAUUCAGCAAGAAGACUCUUUGAUGAAGCAAAUUUGGAAAGAGAUGUUAUUUGUUGGACUGCCAUGAUUGGAGGUUAUGUUUUGAACGACUGUGCGGUUGAAGCGCUUGCUCUGUCACAUGAGAUGAAGUUAUCAGAUAUUAGACCAAAUUCAAUGACAAUUUCAUCUCUUCUCACAGCUUGCGGGAACUUGCCUGCGGUAGCUCAUGGGAUGUGCUUUCAUGGCUUCUGCAUUAGGAUUGGGCUCGAGUCUGAUGCUUUUGUCGAGACCGCUCUAAUUGAUAUGUACUCGAAAUGUGGAGACAUGGAUUCAAGCUUGAGAAUGUUUAGCCGUAGUUCACGAAGAACGGCGACAUGGAAUGCAAUAAUAUCCGGCUUUGCUCGAAAUAGGCUGAUACAGGAAGCAGUUGAGCAAUUCAAACUAAUGAUUUGGGAAGGAAUAUGGCCAGAUUUGGUCACAAUGAGAAGCUUGCUUCCUGCAUACUCUUGCUCUGCUGAUUUGCAGCAAACCAGUAACAUCCAUGGCUACUUGCUGAAGACUGGCUUCCUCGAGAAAAUUGAAUCGAUAACAUGUUUGAUGGAUUCCUAUGCUAAAAUUGGUUGCUUGGACAUUGCAAGGGGGAUCUUUGAUGGAUUACCAGUGAAAGAUUUUGUGUCUUGGAGCGUGAUUAUAGCUGGGUAUGGAACUCAUGGGCAUGCAGAGAAAGCAAUCUGUCUUUUUGAUCAGAUGGUGGGGUCUGGAGUGGAACCAAGUGAAGUUACUUUCACUUCGGUUCUGUAUACCUGCAGUCAUAGUGGCUUAGUGGAUGAAGGCUUAAGAUUGUUUGGCCGAAUGACGAGAGUUUAUGACAUGAAACCGACCAUUGAUCACUAUGUUUGUGUUGUCGAUCUCCUGAGCCGUGCAGGUAGGCUUGAAGAAGCCCAUAGGCUGAUAAAAGAGAUGCCUUAUGAGGGUAAUUAUGCAGUUUGGGGAGCGUUGCUUGGAGCUUGUGCAGUACAUGAGAAUGUGGAGUUGGGAGAGAUAGCAGCUAAGAAAUUGUUUGAGAUGCAACCGGCGAACACUGGAAACUAUGUGUUGCUUGGGAAUAUUUAUGCUGCAGUGGGGAGGUGGAAGGAUGCACAAGCUGUGAGGAGGAUUGUCAGUGCAAGAGGAUUGAGGAAAGAAAUGGGCUGCAGUUGUAUUGAUGCUUGCAAUCCAUGAUUCUGUGGCUUGGAUGGUUAGCUGCUUCGAAAACUUGUAAGCAUAGUUCUUCAGCAAGAGAGACCACAAGACAACACUAACAGAAGAGGCUGCCAUGGCAGCUCCAGCAAUCCAUGGCGGAAGGCGGAACCUUGUUGAUGGAAAGAGUGCUCCAGCAGCAAUAGGAAUGCCAAUGAU